UGAUCGUUAUUUAUCAACAAACUUACAAAACGGAAAAAGUUUAAUCUGUUCAAAAAUUGUGUUAAGGUUUGAACUAAAAUCAAGAUCCUAUUAUACAAUAUGCUCAAAUUAUGCAUCAAAAUCCUAUUCUAUACCUGUUAGUGGUUGUUGGAGUAAAAUGCUUUGUGGAAACAAAAGGAGUAGGACACGAUGGUCCAAUAAUUAUAACUGACGAAAUGAGACUUCAUAAUGAUUUGUUUUUAAAUCGAACGAGAACAGUUUUUCCCCUAGCAAGUGGUACGCUUAAAGUUAGCUUUGGCCUCUCCUUGGUUUCUGUUGUUGACAUUGAUAUUGGAAAUGAGAUAGUUAUAACAAACAUAAAUGUUCGACAAAAAUGGAUCAAUCCUUUAUUAACAUGGAAGAAGGAAGAUUACAACAAUAUUUCACUUAUCAAUGUCAGAUCUGAACUGGUUUGGACUCCAGAUAUUUUUGUAUUUUACAAUGUAGAAGAAGACAAGAAAUAUAAUGGUCUAUUGGACACUUUUAAAACUUUUAUCAUUGUAUCAAGUGAUGGUUUGCAUGAAUGGAAUGCACCAGUGAUGUUUCAUAUGAGCUGUACAAUGAACGUUAAAGAUUUUCCAUUUGAAACACAAACUUGUCCGAUGCAGUUUAGCAGUUUAACUUAUACAUCGGAAAAAGUAGAUCUAGUCCCUGAUAAUGUUGAUAUGAAACUAUACUCUCCUAGCGCCGAAUGGUUAUAUAUCUCUAUGGAAAAAGUAAGCGAGCCAAAAAUGUAUCCUCACUCGACUACACCACACGUGGAUGUUACGUAUACCCUAAUAAUGAAGCGAAAGCCACUAUAUCUUCUUUUGAAUUUAGUAAUUCCAAAUGCCAUAUUUGUAUUUUUAACUGUCCUCGUUUUUGUUUUGCCAGUAUAUAAAGGUCAAAGAACGCCUUACGUUGUUACAAUUGUUCUUGCUAUUGUUUGGUUUCUCGUAUCUUCGAUAAAUACGAUGACAAGUGGUUCUGAAGGAGUUCCUUUAUUUUCAUGGUUUGUGAGCCUUAGUUUGGUUGUUGUGGUAUUUUUAAUGUUUUGCUUAUGUUACUCUUCCGCUUGCUAUUUUGCGAAUGCGAGUUUAUCAGAGCUUCCGCUGUGGAUUCGAUAUUAUGUCCUAGGCAUUUUAGCAAGAUAUUACGGUAUCAAGUCAGAAAGGGUGCUUCCUCAAUGGCGUAAACAAUUAGAAAUUCUCAAGAAACAUGAAAAUUUAAAAGAAAAUAUAUCUUUAAAAAAAUUGUUUGUAAAAGAAUCGGAAAAAAAACCAGGACUUUUGUGGUCAGCAAGUCAUUUAACAAAUCUUGAUGAGCUAUUCCAAGGUAAACCAAACGUUAAAGAAAUCCACAAAAAAAUUGACUACAUACUCUGUCAUAUGGUUGAAAAUGACGAUGCUGAAUGGCUUCAGACUGAAUGGAGAAUUGUUUCAUUGGUAUUAGAUCGACUUUUUUUAAGUUUAUUUUUAGGAACACUUAGCAUGAUUGUAUUUGGAUGUUGUAUUAGAAUUGUAUAUAUUCCGUAACUUAAUUUUAAAUAUCGUUUACAGUA